AGUAGCACGGAGGAGAUCGGUGUUGUUGAACCCAUUCACAUUGCUGACAUUUGGUCCAGUUUUAUGUAAAUGCGAACGAUGACCUGCAACUGCUGGGCAACUCAGGAGCACCAUGGACAGAAACGUCGCCUACAAAGUGUUUACGUUUGAGGAAUACGGGAGUCAGGAGAGGCUCUCUGUCACCAUCCCAGAGGUUCUAGAUCCAAGGUUUGGGAUGUAUGUGUGGCCGUGUGCUGUGGUUCUAGCUCAGUACAUCUGGACCCACAGGCAAGAUCUCAUGGACUGUACAGUUCUGGAGCUUGGUGCUGGUGUUGCGCUCCCAGGUUUGGUGGCUGCCCGCUGUGGCUCUCGUGUGAUUCUGUCAGACAACUCCAACUCCCCAGAUUGUCUGAAGAACUGCCUUAACAGUUGUGUUGCCAAUGGUUUAGAGGAAGUGGUCACAGUAGGUCUCACAUGGGGCGAAGUGUCACCUGAUCUGCUUCAGCUGCCUCCUGUGGACCUAGUCUUGGGAUCCGAUGUGUUCUAUGAGCCAGAAGACUUCGAGGAUGUCCUGCUGACAGUGGCCUUCCUUCUGAGGAAGAACCCCUCAGCCCAGUUCUGGACCACCUUCCAGGAAAGAAGUGCUGACUGGAGUCUGGAGACGCUGCUUCACCGCUGGAACCUCCAGUGUUUUAAUGUCCCACUUGAGACUUUCCAUGCAGACUCCAGUGAAUUGGCAGGCAGCCAACUCCCAGGACGGCACAAUAUACAGAUGAUGAUUAUCAAACCUAUGACCUCAUGAUCCGCGUGCACACGAUUCAUACUGAGUAUCCGAAACAAUAUUUUUAAUGACAAAAAAUUCGAAUAAUUCAAUAAUAUUCCUGUGUGAUAUGACAACCAGACUACAGCAGUCACAAGUCAUCAUUGAUCAAAGAGAUUAAUAACAGCUGAUUCUACCUUUCAAAGCCUUGUUUGUUUUCCUGUUAAGACGAGCUAUGUAAAUAUUGUUGGUAUUAUAUUAAGCGGCUAAUAAAAC